AUGAAGCACGUCUCUAGCUACGCCAUCAAGGGCAGUGUUGUCAACUACCGCUCCGGUCCGGAAACCUCACACAGGGCUGUCCUCAUGUACAAGGAUCUCGGCUGCUACGUGAGUGAUUAUUAUUUAAACACGGGCAAUGGCUAUGCAGCCAAAAAGUGGUCCAAUCCCGACGACAGCCCCUGCUUCAAGCCUGACGACAAGCCCAAACCCAAACCUGAUGGCAAGCCCAAGCCCAAGCCCAAAUCUAAGCCUAGUGACAAACCCAGGGCUAGUACGGGUCCGAUGAAAGAUGACUAUCCUUGCAAGGGUGGCAGCUGCAGCGGCGUCGACAAGUGGAACUACUACACGUGCCAGUGUGUCAGUUUUGUCGCCUGGCGCAUCAAUUCGCGUCUGGGCAUCGACAUCAACAACCGCUACAAGGGCAAGAGGUGGGAUAAUACCAACGAGUGGGACGACGCCGCGCAUGCCUCGGGCGUCACUGUGAAUGAUACGCCAAAGCCAGGAGCUGUGGAUCAGACUAGCCAAGGCAGCAGGUACAGGCAUGUGGUGUGGGUGGCCAAGGUCUCGGGCAACAGCGCCACUAUUGAGGAGUACAACAACAGGCGCCACAAACACAGCACAGGGACUGUUCCCAAGAGCUCAAAGUACACGCACCUCAAGAAGUAAGCGGGAAAGUGACAUAUUAAUAUUUAUGUAAGAUAUUCCAACGACGCGAAAUGCCAAAUUGAUUACAAGCAUUGUAUAUGGACAUGAGGAUGAGUGUAGUAUAUCCGAACCGCCCAUUCACGCUGCUAUUUUUGCCAAUAAAUAGGGUGUGUUGCUUGCCACUCUAUAUUUCCAGGGUCAUAGAUCUCGGGCCCCGGGUCUGCAAGUGUGGAUAAGAAGGACUGUAUAUGAAAAAGUAGCUUGCAUUGGGUGCAAUGAGGGAUAGCGAGGGCUGCCAGACGGAAUUCUUGGGGAGCAAGGGCCAGGAGCCACGCAUGUAUGGAUCACAAAAUCAGAUCAAGAUGAUCGCAUUUUUUUGCUGACACAAACUCAGCCAGCAA